UUGGCAGUUCCAUCACACGUUUGUAAACAAAUUUUGGUAAAGGAAAUCCUCAUAUUUUAAUUUAAAAACAGCCAAAAUGGGUAAAAGACAGCAUCAAAAAGAUAAAAUGUACCUCACGUACACAGAGUGGAGUGAGUUGUACGGCGGGAAAAAGGUAGAAUCCUUGGAGAACGACCAUGUCAAGUUCAAACGGCUGCCCUUUGAGCAUUGCUGCAUCACAUUGGCCCCAUACGAGAUGCCUUACUGCGAUCUACAGGGUAAUGUCUUCGAGUACGAGGCUAUCCUUAAGUUUCUGAAGACAUUCAAAGUAAAUCCCAUCAGCGGGCAGAAGAUGGACUCCAAGUCGCUGGUCAAACUCAAUUUCCACAGGAAUGCAAACGAUGAGUACCACUGCCCCGCCUUGUUCAAACCAUUCAGCAAGAACUCGCACAUUGUGGCGGUGGCCACCACGGGAAAUGUUUAUUGCUGGGAGGCCAUUGACCAGCUAAACAUCAAGACGAAAAACUGGAAGGAUCUUGUGGACGACACGCCCUUUCAGCGCAAGGAUAUCAUCACCAUACAGGAUCCUCAAAGACUUGAGAAAUAUGAUAUCUCCACCUUCCAUCACAUUAAAAAGAACCUGCGUGUUCUGACGGAAGAAGAGCAGCUAGAGAGAAAGAAUCCAGCCAGCGGACGUAUUAAAACCAUGAAUCUGGAGACCAAGGAAACUCUGGAGCAGUUGCAGCAAGACUACCAGCCUGCAGAGGAGAAACCAUCCACUUCAAAGCUCACAGCCGAUAAGUUCAAUGCUGCUCAUUAUUCAACAGGAGCUGUGGCCGCCAGUUUUACAUCCACCGCCAUGGUGCCCGUGUCCCAGAUAGAGGCGGCAAUUAUAGAUGAUGACAUAGUAAAGUAUGAGAGGGUUAAAAAGAAAGGUUACGUUCGCUUAAAUACUAAUCUCGGUCCCCUUAACCUGGAACUCUUCUGCGACCAAACUCCUCGAGCCUGCGAUAACUUCAUCAAGCAUUGCGCCAAUGGUUACUACAAUAAUGUUAUGUUUCACCGAUCUAUAAGGAAUUUUAUUGUGCAAGGUGGUGAUCCCACAGGCAGUGGCUCUGGCGGCGAAUCCAUAUGGGGCAAGAAAUUUGAAGAUGAGUUCAAACCCAAUCUCACGCACACAGGUCGGGGAGUGCUUUCCAUGGCAAAUUCAGGGCCCAACACCAAUGGCUCUCAGUUCUUUAUAACCUACCGCUCCUGCAAACAUCUUGAUGGGAAGCACACAAUAUUCGGCAAGCUCGUCGGCGGUUUGGACACUCUUCAAAAAAUGGAGAACAUCGAGGUGGACAACAAGGACAGACCAAUUGAGGACAUCAUUAUUGAGUCCUCACAGGUCUUUGUAAAUCCCUUUGCGGAGGCAGCUGAGCAGCUAGCCAAGGAGCGCGAGGAAGAGGCGGCCAGCAAACAGGAGACUGUGCAAAAAGAGGAGCAGCAAAAGCGGAUGAAGGAACCGCUCAAAGUGUACAGGGAAGGCGUUGGUAAGUACCUGAAACUUCAGGCGAUGACCAAGAAGCCAGAUUCAACCCUUCCUGCCGCCCAACCCGCCAAGAAAAAAAAACUUACAAAUGGUUUCGGUAAUUUCUCCAGUUGGUAACCGUUUCCGUUUCAAAAAUAAAAGUUUUAGAUAUUGUAAA